AUGACCGAAAUAAUUAUCAGUCUAGGCAACUUCUUCUGGAUCUUACUCGCUGGCUGGUACACAGCUCUUAUAUGGUUGGUUCUCGCUGGUGUACUUUGCAUUACUAUAGUGGGUAUACCUUGUGGAAAGCAGUGCUGGAAGAUGACAAAGCUAUCUUUCCUGCCUUUCGGUUAUGAAGUUCGCGACAAAGAAGAUGCCUCAUGUUGCUGCAGUUGUUUGUGUAAUUGUCUCUGGUUUAUCCCGGGUCUGAUCAUUGCUGUCUUUUACAUUAUUGCUUCCCUCAUUUUCUUCAUCUCCAUUAUCGGAAUUCCGUUUGGUGUACAAUGCUGCAAGCUGGCCAAGUUGGCAUUCAGUCCGUUUGGUCACGAAGUGGCGUUGAGAAACUCAGUCGAGGUGACUGAAGUUUAA